AUGACAAUUACAAUUUUGCUUUUCGACGUUGGUUAGACGAUUCGAAUUCUUAAGUUAGAGAACUUCCGUAGCUGCAGAGAACAGAGAUCGGUCCGAUUGGUGAAAUCUGAGAGAAACCCGCGCACUCGACACCGCAGGCAUUCAAGUGAACAACAAGAAUAAAUCAUUCAAACGGAAGGAUUCACUUGAAUAAAUGAUCAUGAAACAGACUUGCGAUAAAAUUGUUGCAAUUACGAUGGUAGUACAAACCUAGAAUUAAACCUAGAGGAAAGGAAAGAGAAUGCGCGUGAUAAAUCCUUGAACUUCACCCCUCGAAGGGUGGUUGUCCACGUUGGACAGGGGAUGAGGCAAAGGCAAUGAUCGAUUUCCUCUUUUCAGCCACCACCCCCAAAACUUACAUCGUCGAGUGCUUGGCCUAUUUCGAUAGUUGGAGACACCUAGCGUUAGUAUCGAACAAAGACUAUCCAGCCAUCUAGAAAGGACAUCGAGUUGAGCAAAGGGUCUCCCUGAAGUAGCAUCUCGCUCCCUUUCGAUUCCUUUGCCUCCAUUAGCCAACAGAGAGAGCUACUGCGACCUGCUCAACCCCCUAGCAAUGUUACUAACUUGAUCUAGAAGAUAACCUAGCGUUACUUCGUCGCGAUCUCAUUCGCCGCUCCGAUUAUCCGAUUGGUGGGACACUAAAAUCGAAACCAUGCUACUCGGUGGAAGCAGGGUAUUGCCGUAUAUAUUUAUACGCAUGUGCCUUGCAAAAUCUGUUUCUUUCUUUUCGUCGUGUGUCCAUUCGCAUCGUUUAGAUUAGGUUGAAGUUCGAAAAUAUGUAUUACUGAUAGAGCUGGCCCCGUUUGAGUUUUAGAGGAACAUUUUUACAGGACUCAUUUGAUAUAUGACAUAUAUGUUAGCCCCAAGGAGGUUUAUUUUAGCAACUAUUUUUUCAUAGCUGAGUGUCCAAAUGGGAUUGUAAAAUGAAGCAAAUUCUUUGUGGUAAAAUUGGAGACAGGAUUGUGCUCAUUUCGAAGACAUCAAGAUACCCUGUGCCUGUGUCUAGCAUAAGGCAUUUAACGUCAGGCAGAAUGAACAAGGCUUAUAGGCCGUUGCUCGCAUCGCCCCACAUACGUUGCUAUGGAAAUCCUCAUCGAGGAUACGCAAUGUUCAUUGGGAGAGUACUGAGAGGAGCACUGAAGGUCCGAUAUCUGUUGUUGGGUGGUGCAGUUGGUAGUGGAGUAACUUUACAGAAGAAAUAUGAACAAUGGAAAGAGGUGCUGCCAGAUAUGAGCUGGUUGGAUAACGUGUUCCCCAAUGAACAAAAGUGGAAAGACAUUCGCGAAUCGGUCAUGAUGGUUAAGAACAUUUUCCCGGACAACAUUGAAAUCGAUCCACGUAUAAAGCAACUCGGGGAAACUAAGUAUAGACAGUAUAAAGAGUGGUUUGAUCAAAGACUGGACGAUGCUAUCAAGGCAGCCGAGGUUGACCAAACGCAGUCAGACGUGGAUGUAUCCUCCGAUCGUGAGUUAAUUGACAGAUUCCUGCUUGCCAUCGUGUUGUUAUACCUGCAAGAAUGCUUGGAUUUUCGGAGCUGCGAGCUUUUCAUUUGACGUUUUAAUUUACCUAACGUAUUCCUUACCCAGCUAAUUGCCGAUUAUAAUUUUACACAGUCCUACUUUGUCAGGAUCAGAUUAUGUUUCCCCUGUUCAUUGAAAAGUACAAAUUAAUAUCAGACUGAAACACAUGAAUUUGCUGGAGUGUUCCACUACUGUCUGAAACGAUUAACAAUCAGAAAGCAUGCAACGCGACAUAUAAAAUCAUGUUUCGUUUAUUAUUUUGUGAGUGAAUGCAACGUAACACAGUUCAUUCUUUUCCAAUGUUUCGCAAUAUGGCAAUUUUGUAACAUAGGACCCUUCGGUUUCACCUUAUUUGCUUGAUAAAAUGCUAUGUACCACGUCUAUAUAUUCAGUUAGAAAUAUAUUAUUAUAUGGUCUGUUCUGUUCAGGUAUAUUUGACGCAAUCUCAGCAAUAGUAUCACAACUUUAUUCAGAGAAGUCGCAAGAACGGCUGAACGCCAUGCAGGAGGAGGUGAUGCAGACGCAGCUGAAGUACCAGCGCGAAUUGGAACGGCUGGAAAGAGAGAACAAAGAGCUGCGGAAGCAGAUGCUGCUACGUGGCAAUCAGAAAAUGAGUAACAAGAAAAUAAAAAAAUCAUUGAUCGACAUGUACAGCGACGUUCUGGACGAGCUGAGCGACUACGACAGCAGUUACUCCACUGCUGAUCACUUGCCAAGAGUGGUAGUGGUCGGUGACCAAAGUUCUGGAAAAACAUCCGUGUUAGAAAUGAUUGCUCAGGCGAGAAUAUUCCCCAGAGGUGGUGGUGAAAUGAUGACGAGAGCACCGGUGAAAGUAACCCUAAGCGAAGGGCCGUAUCACAUAGCGCAAUUCAAAGACAGUUCGAGAGAGUUCGAUCUAACGAAGGAGUCGGAAUUAGCCGAGCUAAGGCGAGAGGUGGAGAUACGUAUGAAGAACAGCGUGAAAAAUGGCAAGACGGUCAGUCAGGACGUGAUAUCGAUGACCGUGAAGGGGCCAGGCCUUCAACGCAUGGUCCUUGUCGAUUUGCCUGGUAUAAUCAGCACAGUGACAGUUGACAUGGCAGAAGACACGCGGGAUUCCAUUCGACAAAUGACCCAACAGUACAUGAGCAACCCGAAUGCGAUCAUUCUGUGCAUCCAGGAUGGAUCGGUGGAUGCUGAAAGAAGCAACGUGACGGAUCUCGUUGCUCAAAUGGACCCCGUCGGCAAACGGACCAUCUUCGUUUUGACUAAGGUAGACCUGGCAGAAGAGAAUCUGACCAAUCCUGAACGCGUUCGCAAAAUAUUGUCCGGCAAGCUGUUCCCCAUGAAGGCCCUAGGCUACUUCGCUGUCGUCACUGGCAGAGGCCGGCAGGACGACGACAUACAAACGAUCAAGGAUUACGAAGAGAAAUUCUUCAGAAAUUCCAAACUUUUCAAGGAUGGUUACACAGGUCAAGUUACGACGAGAAACCUGAGUCUCGCGGUUGCGGAAUGCUUUUGGAAGAUGGUUCGCGAGACUGUAGAGCAACAAGCCGAUGCAUUCAAGGCGACCAGAUUCAAUCUCGAGACAGAGUGGAAAAAUAAUUUCCCAAGAUUGAGAGAACUAGACAGGGACGAGCUUUUCGAGAAGGCAAGAGGCGAGAUCCUGGACGAGAUUGUGAACCUGUCACAGGUCUCCCCUCGGCACUGGGAAGAGGUGUUGAUGGUCAGGAUGUGGGACAAAGUUAGCAUGCACGUGUUCGAGAACAUUUACCUACCCGCGGCUCAGAGCGGAAAUCCAAGUGUGUUCAACACCACCGUCGACAUAAAACUUCGCCAAUGGGCCGAACAGCAAUUGCCAACGCGAAGCGUGGAGAGCGGCUGGGAAUGCUUGCAGCAAGAGUUCCAGAAUUUCAUAAACCAAGCGAAACUGAAGCCCGACCACGACAACAUUUUCGACAAUCUAAAGAACGCGGUGGUCAACGAAGCCAUGACGAGACAUUACUGGGAAGAGAAGGCGUCUGAAAUGUUGCGAGUUAUACAAUUCAACACCUUGGAGGACAGAAGCGUGAACGAUAAACGCGACUGGGACCAGGCGGUCCGGUUCCUGGAGACCUCGGUCAAAGAGAAACUGCAAGGUACCGAACAAAUCUUGAAAGACAUGCUCGGACCAGGUCGCAGAGAACGAUGGCUGUACUGGCAGAAUAAGACUGAAGAACAACAGAAACGCACACAAGUGAAGAACGAGUUGGACAAGAUCCUCUACGUCGACAAAAAACAUGCCCCCACUCUCACUCAGGACGAACUCACGGCGAUUAGGAAGAACCUGCAACGAAACGGCCUGGAAAUCGACAAUGAAUUCAUUCGAGAAACGUGGCACCCGGUGUACAGAAGAUUCUUCCUGCAACAGAGCUUGGCCAGGGCGUACGACUGUAAAAAAGGAUAUUAUCUCUAUCACACUGGUCACGAGUCUGUAAUGGAAUGCAACGACGUUGUCUUGUUUUGGAGGAUUCAACAAAUGCUGAAAGUCACCGCCAACGCGCUUCGUCAACAAAUCAUGAAUCGAGAAGCUCGCAGGCUAGACAAAGAAAUAAAGGACGUGUUGGAAGAUUACAGCCAAGAUAACGAAAUGAAGCAGAAACUGUUGGUCGGCAGACGGGUCACCUUGGCUGAGGAAUUAAAACGUGUUAGACAAAUUCAAGAGAAACUCGAAGAAUUUAUUCAAGCACUGAACAAAGAGAAGUGAAGAGAAUGAACCGAAAAGUCUAAACAUUUGAAACCUAUGGGUAUGUGAUAAGCGACAACAGCCCUGGUGGCUUGUCAAGUGUUAAUUUAUUUUCUCUGUUAGUCGAGCUGCAAUAGAUAUAGGCUAUUUAAGUCUUUUGGCGAAUGGCAACUGUUUGAUCAAAAAUUUGAUACAAAGAUUUGAAAUUGUCACUUUUACUUACUGUCGUUCUAGCAUUGAAAUUACAACCGGUUGUGUGUGAUCGCGGUUUAUGCAAUGUAUCGAUCCGAUUAGGCUGUGUAAUAAGUUUGUUCGUAACAUCUCGACGAUAUUAAGCGACUCUAAAGAUUUCCAUUGUUGAUAUUUAGUACGAGGUGUAAUAUUUUCUGCAAAAACAAACAAUCCUUUUAAUAUUCUAAAAUUCCUUGUCAUUACUGUCAAUCAUAUUUCGAAUUUGAUAUUGUGCUUUAAAUAUUUAAGACUGAUAUUAUUAUCAAAGACUAAUAUCAUUAGUCUUUGUUUUCUUUUCAUUUUUACCAGUAAGUAAUACAAUUAUAAGCAGCAUUUAUCCAUAUAUUACAUACGUAUAUGUUCCUCUGUCCAGCAUGGAUGAAUUAUGAAUCACAGCAAAUGAUGCAAACAACAGUUUUAAUAACACAUGUUUUUAAUGUCCUGGAAAAUGUAACGUGUCAAGUGGCAAAUGAACUUAUUACACGACCUAAUACAUUCAGCAAAUUUUGUUGACAGAAAGCAUUGUUUAGAUACGAAUGUUGUUAACAGCUAGACUUAAUUAAUACCAAUACCAAAGCGAACAAACUGAUUGAAAAUUUCUGGAAGUAGCUAGAGAAUAACUGAACGAACAUUACAUGUAAAAUAAAAUACGAAGAUUGUAGAUUGUGAUUAACGCCACUACGAAAAAUGAUGCUCAUUACAUUUUAUAUAUCAUCAUACAGAACGAAUGGAAACGAGCAUGCGUUUUGUAUGGAUAGGAAAAUCGGAAUAAAGAAAUAGAAACUAUGUUCUUCGUGUCCAUAAACAUUUUUCUUUCAAUCACAGAAGUACAUGUGUAAUAACAAUGUCAUUUCUCUCUCGUUAAAUUUAUUCUUCC